AUGGCCAUUAUUUGGACCCCAGGUUUCAGGGGAGCUGUGGUAGUCUGCAAGAAACUGAUUAAGCAUGCAGACUCCUGGAGUUUUAAAAAUCACACACUAACGUGUGAAGGAAGCAGCACUGGGAUCACCAAAGGACAAACUACCAGCUACAGUAACAGCAUUUUCACCAGUAAUAAAAACAUUAACAAUGGAUCCGGUACAAACUAUAGUGACAUUACCAGUGGAUUCAGUACAACCUCUGACAUUAACAAUGGAUCCAGUACAACCUUUAAUGGCAUUACCAAUGGAUUCAGUACAACCUCUGACAUUAACAAUGGAUCCGGUACAACCUCUAAAGACAUUACCAAUAGAUUCAUUACAACCUCUGACAUUAACAAUGGAUCCGGUACAACCUCUAAAGACAUUACCAAUAGAUUUCUUACAACCUCUGACAUUAACAAUGGAUCCGGUACAACCUCUAAAGACAUUACCAAUGGAUUCAUUACAACCUCAGACAUUAACAAUGGAUCUGGUACAACCUUUAAUGGCAUUAUCAAUGGAUUAAUUACAACCUCUGACAUUAACAAUGGAUCCGGUACAAACUAUAGUGGCAUUACCAGUGGAUUUAGUACAACCUCUGACAUUAACAAUAGAUCCAGUACAAUCUUUAAUGGCAUUAAUAAUGGAUCUGGUACAACCUCUAAAGACAUUACCAAUGGAUUCAGUACAACCUCUUACAUUAACAAUGGAUCCAGUACAACGUCUAAAGACAUUACCAAUGGAUUAAUUACAACCUCUGACAUUAACAAUGGAUCCAGUACAAACUAUAAUGACAUUACCGGUGGAUUCAGUACAACCUCUGACUUUAACAAUGGAUCCGAGGUUAAUAGGCCGAACAAUCUCCCGGCUUCCAGUAAUAUGAAUUUGUCUCUUGUAGACAGGAAGGUGUCAUAUUUAGAAGACUUAUUAACUGGAGAAGUAAAUGUUACAGUUGCAGAAGAGAUGGUUGGAAUCUUGAACACUCUUUUAAAUACAUCUCAGGAUCUUAUUGCAAGUGUCUCCAAAAGGUUAAUUAAAGUAGUGGAUAAAAUGGGCUUAAAGCUGAACUUCCCUGAGCAAUUAGUAAAUUUGACCUCUCAAUACUUGGCUUUAGCAGUGAAUAAAGUCAAUGCCAACUAUUUCACUGAAACAUCAUUCAGUGUUGAGUCUUCUUCUGGAUUGAAGGUUACUUUUGAUUCUCAGCUGCCAGAAAACAGUACUGGGUCUGUUGUUCUCCCUGCAUCCUUACUAAAUGACUUGUCAUCUGUUGAUAAAGAUAUAGCUUCUAGAGUACAAUUUAACUACUUUGCAAAGACUUCAUUUUUCGUGGACACGUCCCUCACUGAAAAACGGUACUUGGUUAGUAAUGUGAUAUCGUCAAGUGUUGCAAACCUCACAGUUACUAAUUUAAAGCAAAAUGUUACAGUGACACUGAAGACUUCACCCCACAAUGAAUCAGGUGUACUACAGUGUGUGUUCUGGGACUUCACCAAAAACAGUGGUAAUGGUGGCUGGUCAACAGAGGGCUGUACAGUGAACAGUGCAACACAAAAUAAUAAUAAUAACCAGACAGUUUGUAAAUGCAACCAUCUAACCAGCUUUGGUAUACUCUUGGACAUGACUCCUAAUAACCAAAUAAGCCCAGAGGACAAAUUGAUUAUGACUUUCAUCACAUACAUUGGCUGUGGCCUUUCUGCCAUAUUUCUUUCUGUGACUCUUGUAACUUACAUCGCCUUUGAGAAAAUACGUAGAGAUUACCCAUCUAAAAUCCUCAUUCAGCUAUGUGCUGCCCUCAUUGGCUUGAACCUGACAUUCUUGAUGGAUCCCUGGAUUGCGCUGUACAGUGAGAUUCCCGGCCUCUGCAUCUCUGUGGCUGCAUUUCUACAUUACUUUCUCCUGGUUUCCAUUACUUGGAUGGGUCUUGAAGCGUUUCACAUGUACCUGUCUCUAGUAAAAGUAUUCAACACCUAUGUACGGAAAUACAUAUUGAAGUUCUGCAUAAUUGGUUGGGGAGCUCCUGCUGUGGUGGUGGCAAUAAUCCUUGCCAUUAACAAAGAUUUGUAUGAGCUUCAAAUGAGUGAACCAUAUCCUAAUGGGGCAGCAGAUUAUUUCUGCUGGAUGAAACCCACUAUAUACUGGAUCACAGUGGUUGGGUACUUUUGCACAAUAUUCCUGCUCAAUGUCAGCAUGUUUGUGGUGGUUCUUAUACAACUCUGUCGCAUUAAAAAACAGAAGCAGCUAGGCUACCAGAGAAAAACCUUCCUCCAGGAUAUCCGCAGUGUGGCUGGCAUUACCUUCCUUCUGGGCAUUACAUGGGGCCUUGGCUUCUUUUCCUUCGGACCAGGGAAAACUGUAAUUCAGUACUUGUUCGCCAUCUUCAACUCAUUGCAAGGUUUCUUUAUAUUUUUAUUCUACUGUGUGGCAAAGGAAAAUGUUCGCAAGCAAUGGAGACGAUAUCUUUGCUGUGGAAAGUUCAGACUGGCUGAAAACUCUGACUGGAGCAAAACAGCAACAAACAAACUAAAGAAUCAAACUUCCAAACAAGGUGUAUCCAGUAGUUCCAGCAACUCCAUUCAGUCAACAAGUAACACAAAUUCAACAACUUUGCUAGUAUCCAAUGAGCACUCAAUGCACCCCAAUGGCAAUGAUAAUGUUUUCAAAGAAAGAAAUGGAGUUACCUUCUUGUCUCAGAAUGGAGAAGUCCAACUGCACGAGUUUCCAGGAAGACCACCUGUCAGGAACGGGGAUGCCCAGAGAACUCACUUGAGAAGGACUUCUAACCGUGGCAGCGUGCAUUUUGUUGAUCAAAUCUAGAUUUUUCCUUUACUCCUAAGACUUGAAAUUUUAUUUCUCCAUGUGUGAGAAGCCUUGGCUGUCCUAUUUCUACAUUCAUUGAACGUAGCUGUUUUGGACUAUCAAGAACGGCUGAAAUUCACUCCUUACGGAUAGGACAGUCGCUCCUCCUCCAUUUAAACUUCCUUGGCGUUAGCCAAGGUGGACAGAAGGCAUGGACAUGAUAUCCAUUUGUGUCUUUGUUGCUUGUUUGAUGCCUUGUUCAACCUAUAAUAUCUCCUCUUUACUGUAUUUUAUAUAUAUCUAUUUAAUUUAUAUAUUGUCAGUUUUAAUGUAGAUGUACAGUUUCAUGUUGAAAACAAGAUCUGUGAGAUGUAUGAAAUAGCCAAAAAGGCAUCUAAUCCAGUUGCACAUUUCUCAAAUACUCUG